CCUCACAUCACCAGCGCGAUGUGCAGGUAGCAUAUCCGCACGCAACUUGACCAACUAUUCUGUUGAGCAUGAAGUCAAUACUACAGUCAUGUUCAUUCUUACGACCAUAAAGGAUCUAGUUCAGAUUACACCAGAAGAUUUCCGGAAGACCAGCGCAGAAGCCAUCAAAGAUGCCAUAAACGCAAAAUACUCGGAUCGCAUCAUUCCCAACAUCGGGCUGGCCAUCUGCCUGUAUGACCUGCUGUCGACUUCCGAAGGCCUAAUAGGUCACGGGACUGGACUUGUGAAUGUUGAUGCCGAAUUCCGCCUUAUAGUUUUCCGCCCGUUUCGAGGCGAGAUCUUACAGGGACGCAUCAAAUCAUCUACCGAGUUGGGCAUAACGAUCGACAUGAACUUCACGUCGGAGGUAUUUGUGCCCGCUCAGAAUCUGCCGCCGGAUACGAACUUCGACAUUGCGGAAGGUGUGUUCAUCUGGGACAACGAAGGUAACGAGAUGUUCUUCGACCCCGCCGAGCCGGUUCUGUUCAGGGUAGAGGCGGAAGAAUGGUUCGAUCGGAAGCCUACGGUUGUUCAGAAGGAUGAGAAGGGUGAUAUCAUUGAGAGAAGGGACACCAGCUGGAGGAUCAUUGGCUCUAUGAAUCAACCUGGAUUGGGUCCGAUGAUGUGGUGGGGCAUUGGGAAAGAUGAAGGACAGCCCGGAAAGGAUGCUAAUGGUAGCAUAGAAGAAAAUGGGGAGAUGCAUGUAGACGGUUAAGAGUGUUUCGGAAAAUGGUUGUAUGCAUAUGGGCGGACUCACGGGCCUCGACGGCAUCACAAUCUCUCAGGACGGCCACAAUAUUCCCAGAAUUCCCAAUAUCAGAUCUUGUCAUCGCGACCGUUUCAAGCCGGCCCAUAAAUUCUCCAUGAGAGAUGAGAAGAA